AUGGUCACCGGCUUUUUAUUGCAGGGUGUCAUGCUCUACACAGCCAACACGGGCGACAUGAGAUACACUGAGCCAGAAAGCUUAGUCUUCAAUAUUGAGGACAAGCUAGCCUACAAGUAUGCUGUUCAGGACCUUCAGGAGAGGGCAGUUAUCUAUGACCGAGUCUUUGGAACGAGAUCUACAGAGAUCAUCCUCCCCAGCUUUGAAGAGUCUCUCAAUACGAACUUCACUGAGCCAAGUGGCAGCGUCUUGCCGAUCCGUUCUGAGCUCACAGGCUUCACAAUUCCUGGACUCUGCGGUGCUUCGGGCGACCUAGCAACCGUAAUUAUGGGUGCCGGACCGCUACGAAACCUGUCCCGCCGCCUCUGGGCUAUUGUACGCAAGGAGAACGUUCGAUUCGACCAGAAGACGGGAAGUCUAUCACUCACUGGCUUGGUUGGUGCGGAUGCAAUCGAUCAGGGUAAUUAUCGAGCAAACGAAUACGCCAUGUAUCCGUAUAUCGCAAUAGCUGCUGCAGAACACGGUGACGAACGCCUGAAAGAAGCUGCGAUGCUGAAGUUUGAGCAAGCCUGGGGCCUCGUAACGACGUCAACAGGGGCUAAAAGUCUCGACUUGACUAAAGCCUCCACGCUGAUGAAUUACGCGGCUCUAACUGCGACUCUAAUCCGUCCAGGGGGCUAUGAGCGCAUGGUCAAGAAAGGUCCAUCCAACACAGCAUUGAAGGGUCCGAUUCUAUCAGAGGUCCCAUAUCCAGGGGUUCUCGUUGCUAAGGCGAGAUCGCACAUGUCAACAGAUCUUGAAAUUGUCCUAUAUCCAUCUGCGGAUCCAGGAACCUUCAAGCUUGGCAUAUCUCGCCUGCAACCCGGAAAGUCCUACGCUUACGGAAUGAAGACGCUUGUGGCUGAUGGGGAUGGUAAUUUGUCUCUUGAUAUCUUGGUUGAUGGCAGAACACACGUCCAUCUCAAGCCUGUCACCAUUUAA